AUGGAGGGUGUACGCCAGAAAUGCAGACCGAAACAUCAGGUUCUGGUCUUGAAAUGCUAUCCACAGUACCAGAAAGGAGUGCAGGUGGUCAAGCCGAACUCAAGUGAACUCUCUUAUCUGCUCUACUAUGUGAGCACCCGCCGCAGCAAGCUGACAAAGGUCGGCGCCUUCUUGGAGAAGAGAGCCGCUCGGGAUGUGUGGCGCCGCAAGAUAGGAAAUGUGCAGGUUACGCUUCAGAUCUUGAGCGCGCUCAUCGAGAAAGUUCCCCGUGACUUGCCGAUCUACGCACGGUCGGUCAUGACAGUCCUCGAAACGGUCGUACGCUCGCAGGAUAUCUCCAUGGUCGAGGAUUCCAUUGAAACCUUCGAGACCUUCUGUCGACAUCAAGAUAUGGCGGCACUAUCUGCCGAACAGGAUUUUGCUACACAGUACCGAGAAGUGGUGCGGUCGUAUGCGGGUUUUGCGGAAAGCGACUCUUCUACUCAAUCGAAGCUUGCUGCGGGUCCUCCGGUUACGGUUCGAUGGAAGACGGCGGGAUUGAGAGCGAUCAAAGGUGUGGUUAGUUCCGAAGCGGGUUUGGCUGCGGAUGGCGGAGAUUCGAUACGGGUCAUUCUCCCGGUCAUUCUGGAGAACCUCUACAGCCCGGAUGACAAUUUGGUUGGUUCUCUCGAAUUGAAGCUCCUCGAAGUGGACAAGAACGAAUCAGAGACUGCGCACCGACGCAGGGUUAGCACGGCCACCGUGGAAACGGUCGACGCGGUGGAGGGGGAUGCGUCAUUGGCGGCUCAGAAUACCGCUGAUGUGGAUCGAAAAGCGGAGAUGGAUAUGAGGUUGCUCGCUUUGCGGUGUCUGGAGCAGAUUGUCGUCAACGGGAGCAGCCGCGGCCAGAUUCGUGUCACGACUCAGGUUGUGCUGGACUUUAUUCUGCGCAAAAGUGGUAAUAACCUAGGUCAGAAUUACAAGGACAGCUGGGCUACGUCGUUGGUUGAACUGAUCGCCAAAUGGUGUCCUGUUCAGGUUCGCUUCAUUAUUUUGGUGGCUGCUAUGGAUAUUCUGCACGACAUUCCUCCCGCAGAAGAGUCUCUGGACGAAUCAUACGCCAUCAUCUAUCUGAUUGAUCGGCUGUUAAAAUCCCCCGUGAAUAUGAUCGGACUUAGUGUUAUUGAUGUCUUACUGGGUCUCUUGCGUCAUAUGUCGUUCUUGAUAUCACCCUCGAGGGCUGGCAAAUCGACACCAGACGAGAAGCAAAACGGACAUUCAGCCCCUUUCGAGCUUUCAGCGAAAAGGGCAGAGGUGGUCUCACUCCUGCAGGAUUGUAUAGGCAACCUCACGACGCACAUUUACUAUGGCGAGCAGGUUGUUGACAUGGUCAGGACGAUUUUGACUCGGUUCAAACCUUCAAGAGGCAACGAGCAGGCAAUAACCUCGUCCCCAACACAGUCUGAUGCCCUGGGAGGCGGCAAUGGUAUGGUUUCGUCUGGGGAGGGUGGCCCAAUAGCAUUCUCCCUGCCCAGCGCAAAAACGGCAGCUCUCAAAGCGAUCAAGAAUAUUCUCCUUGUUGCAAACACGAAGCGACUAGGAGUCACACUGACCGCAGAACCCAGGCAUCAGGUGGGUCUGUAUGUAUGGGAAGGUACGCAGUGGCUUUUGAGUGAACCCGACAGGGAUGUUCGUUAUGCAUACGUCGAUGCCUUUUUGACCUGGCUGAACCUGGAAACAUCUACCGAUGAUCUUAAGGUUAAGGAGAGAACUGGCAGGCCGGCCAGUCAACCGGUCAAGACUGACUUAUCAGACACCACGGAACGGCCUGGAAAGCGCACUGCCAGCAUGAGCGGAAACCAGAGAGAAAAGGUGAUUCUCAUUGCGCAGUCCAACUUCCUUCGCUUACUUCAUCUCACUAUCUUUGACCUUGCGACUGAUCACCCGACGUCUGUUUCCGAGAUUAUGCUGCUUCAUCUACUAUUAGUAAGCCUGGUGAAGCAUCUUGGGGUGAACGCUGUUAGAUUUGGACUCCCCAUGGUACUGAAACUUCAGGACAAUAUGACUACCGCUGAUGGCCAGUCCUUCCCUACCCUGGUGAAUAUUGGAAGCUUGGUCUAUGGCUACCUGUGGGCAUUAUCUGAGAAGUUCGAUUUGGAAACCUCCAAGAUUGGCAACGGAAUCCAGAGCGAAGUUCAGAAAAGACAACAGCUCGGUGUUUGGCUUGAGACAAUCCGUUUGCCGCCCGUCAACCUUGACAAGAUUGUCCACAGCAGCAGUGUCCAGGCUAGUGGCCGUGGUGCUCAGGACGUGGGCCUCCUGAUUCCGUUUGACGGCGGUGAAGAACUCAUCCAGCGAAUCGAAGCAUCUUAUGGUUCCUUCAUUACCUCCUGUACUGCCGCACAUGUCGCGCCCGCAACUACACCGAAGGCUUACGUCCUUCCUCCUGCGGUCAGGGAGCAGAUGCUAUCUCCAUGGUCAAGAGAAGCCUGCCUGGCAGCUGCUGAAAAUGAAAGAGCAGAGGCCAAAUCCCUGAGCGGAUCGCGGACCGGAACCUUAGUUAUACGCAACCAUGUUCAUCAGAACGGGACUAGUUCUCCGUCAGCAGGUUCAAACGUAUCCGUGCCUCAAGGUGCUUACGCAUCUGUAGCUGGCCUGCAGAAUGGCCGAAGAACGAGUGUGCCGAACUCGUCCGGCUCACAACUCAUCAGUACUAGUAGAGAAUCUCCGGUCCACGUGAAUGAAUUGAGACGUGUCCUCUCUGUCAAUGAAGAAGGCAAGGCCCGGCGAAUGAGCCCGCUCAGGGGUCGACUUGACGGCUCGAAUCGAAGUGUUAUCUCUUCCAGUAGCGACAGUAUGAUUAGUGGCUAUUCACUGUCCGAGUAUGAAGAUGGUGCCUCGGUCAAGCCCCAGUCUGUCAGAGGCGGGCAGAUCUCUCUCGAUGGAGAGGAAACCCCCAGGGCCUCGGCUCUGUCUUUCAUGGUAGAUGCUGAUGAUAUUCCGCCUGUACCGCCUAUCCCUCCAACUAUAUCUAUUCAAGGAGGUCUUUCAGAUGGUCAGCCGCGAUCUGUUUCGGUUAGUCGUCCUUCAACUGCUCCCGGACCUCGCCGACCAUCUGUCACGAAUGGAAAGGCAGGGACGCCUGGUACGUCGCCUGGUCGGUCUCUUAGCAGAGAUAAAAGUCGAUCGAGCACAGGUUUGGCAGCGGUUGCCACUGACGGUGUUGAGCCGUAUGCAGAGAAUAUUGAUAGCGCUCGCCUUGACGUGCAAAAGCUACUGGAAGGGUUCUUGUCGCCAGCAGAUGCGGAGACGAAGGGCAGCAGACGGAAGGCCCGAAGUAAUACAGGGCGACGAGGCGUGAGUGGAGGGCUUGGCCGCCCUCCCUACUGA